AUGGGAUCGCCGCUCUCACCACUUUUGGUUAACGUAUACAUGAACAAAAUAGAAGAGAAGCUCAAGAUGGCAUCACCACAACCGGCCGUGCUCAUGCGGUACCUGGAUGAUUAUUUCUCACUUUGGUCAAAUGGAAGAGAAAAACUGGAAGAGUUUCUUAAGUUUGUAAAUCAAAUUGAUGAAAAAAUUAAAUUCAAAAUGGAAGUAGACGAAGGUGAGCGGUUACCGUUCCUGGACAUUGAAGUGAUUCACUCCAAUGGGAUGCUCAAACGGUAA